GAAAAUAUGAUGAGCGAUAAUAAAGCUUCAAAUUACUAAACUGAAAUUUACAAAAAUAAAUGUACGUUCCAAAAUAAGAGUUGAAUUAAAAAAAUUUAUAAUACUAAACGUCAUAAAUUAUAUCUAUGUGAUUAUACAUCAUACAUGAGUAUUUGAAUAGAUUUUUGUGCGAUGUAUGUAUGAAUGAGAAAUUUAAUCGAAAAAUUGUCUUCAACAGUCCGAUGAUUUAUCCUUGCGAAAAGCGUAAUUAAAUGAUAAAUAAACUAUUGCACCGUCUAAUAAGUAUCGUCUGAAUAUAGGAGGAAAACUGGUGCUAUGUUUCAUAUAAAAUUUGAUACUUAAACGUAAAUAGAAAUGAAGGCGAUGCUUUACACUGCUGUAGAAGAAGCACCUUCAGCUGAAAGUGUUGAACCAGAAGUGAUAUCCAGACAUUUUGCUUCUUUUGAUGAAGUAUUUUUUACAUUUUGUGAUCGUGAAUUAAAGAAAAUUAAUACUUUCUAUUCUGAGAAGUUAGCAGAAGCCACACGCAAAUAUGCAGCUCUCCAAAGUGAAUUGAAAACAGCACUAGAAUUACAACAAGGCGGAGGAAAAAAUAAGGGAAAAGUGAAUGUUAAACCUCAUUUACCAACGAGGAAGCUGAGAGAAUUGAAACUUGCAUUUUCUGAAUUUUACCUGUCUCUUAUACUUCUUCAGAACUAUCAGAAUCUUAAUUACACUGGUUUUCGAAAGAUUCUUAAGAAACAUGACAAGUUAUUGUCUGUAGACAGUGGAUCAAAAUGGAGGGUGGAAUGUGUAGAAACUGCACACUUCUAUACGUCAAAAGAUAUAGACAAACUCAUUCAAGAUACAGAAACUACUGUAACAAACGAUUUAGAAGGUGGAGAUCGACAACGUGCUAUGAAACGUUUGCGUGUACCACCUUUAGGAGAGCAUCAGAGUCCAUGGACCACUUUUAAAGUUGGAUUAUUCUCGGGUAGUUUCAUUGUUCUAUUUGUGGCAGUAGUACUUUCAGCAAUAUUUCACGAUGGCAGUGAAAACUUAAAGAUUGCAUUUAGAUUAUAUCGUGGACCUCUGCUUAUUAUACAAUUUUUAUUUCUUAUUGGUGUGAAUGUUUACGGAUGGCGAUCGUCCGGCGUGAAUCACGUAUUGAUAUUUGAAUUGGAUCCGCGAAAUCAUUUGUCUGAACAACAUCUUAUGGAACUGGCGGCUGUUCUUGGAGUUAUAUGGACUCUUAGUUUAUUAAGCUUUUUGUACAGUGCUAGCUUAAGCAUUCCUCCAUAUGUGAAUCCAUUAGUUCUAGUCUGUAUUAUGCUAGCAUUUCUUUUAAAUCCAUUAAAAAUGUUUCGACAUGAAGCACGAUUUUGGCUAUUAAAGAUCAUUGGAAGAGUUUUAAUAUCACCGUUUGCGUAUGUGAAUUUCGCUGAUUUCUGGCUGGCAGAUCAAUUGAACAGUAUGGCCACAGCACUGUUAGACUUUCAUUUUUUAACAUGUUUUUACAUUACCAAUGGAAAUUGGUUAGAAGCAGCAGACAGCACGCAAUGUACGUCUGGAUCCUUAAUUGUUAGACCUAUUGUUAACUGUUUACCUGCAUGGUUUCGUUUUGCACAAUGUAUACGACGAUAUCGAGAUUCUAAAGAAGCAUUUCCACACUUGGCUAAUGCCGGAAAAUAUUCAACUACAUUCCUCGUUGUUAUAGCUAAGACGAUGUGUGACUACCGCGCUGCGGAUUAUCCAACUCGUUGGGAAAAUCCAUGGUUGUGGCUUUGGAUUAUUAGCUGCAUUGUCAAUUCUAUUUAUUCAUUAACUUGGGAUUUAAAAAUGGAUUGGGGUCUUCUGGAUAGCAAUGCCGGUGAAAAUAAAUUUUUACGCGAAGAAGUGGGGUUCUAUUAUUUCGCUAUAAUCGAGGAUUUUAUUCUGAGAUUUGCGUGGAUCGCGAGUUUUGUUCUUACCGAAUGCGAAUACGUUUCCAGUGAUUUAAUGACGUCCAUAGUAGCACCUCUUGAAGUUUUCAGGCGAUUCGUUUGGAAUUUCUUCCGAUUAGAAAACGAGCAUUUGAACAAUUGUGGUAAAUUCCGUGCAGUCCGUGAUAUUUCGAUAGCACCGAUAGAAAGUUCCGAUCAAACGCAAAUUUUACGCAUGAUGGAUGAAGAAAAUGGUGUACUUAAUAGAGGUAAACGGAAAGUUGGUGGUAAACGACAAGCUACUAGUAAAGAAGACAAACGAGCUUUGCUCAAAGAAGAAACAAUUGAUAUAGAUAUAUCAAAUGCUAGUUGAAAUUAGUUCAAUUGUUUUAUUAUUGAAACUCGCGUAAGGCAAUAUUGUUCUAAAUUCACUGUAGUUUUGAUAAAAGUCUAUAGUGCGCUCUAGAGAAUGAACGAUUAAUAUCUUUUUUGGUGCAUCAAAAUUGAAGAUUAUAAGGGUGCAUUGAACAAGUGCCUUGUAUAUGUUUAUCAAAUUUCUGUGAAUUUAAUAAUUUAGUUCUAUGCUUAUCCAACAGCGUCUUCCAUAAAACUAUUUUGGCACGUAACACGUGAUUUAUUUAUUGCUAAUAAAUUGAUUACAUAAGGAUCUGGAUAUAUGCUUCUAAUUAUUGUAGUAUUAUAUGAAAAUCUUUUAUUUAAACAAAGUUGUACCAAUUAGUAUCCAAGUGAUAAAUAUAAAUAUAAAUAUUUUAUUGAAUAGAUAGGUAUUAUAAUCUUCAAUUUUGACUAAUAAGUGCGUAGUUUCAUACUUAAGAAAUGUACAAAGUGUAUUAUAGUAGUUGUAUAUAUUAGUCAGUUAUAUGUAGAAACAUUAUAUGUGCAUUUCAUAUUUUGGUGUAAAAAGCAAUAGUAUAAUCUAUUUACUAUUAGUAUUAUAAUUUCAACGGAGAAAGAGAGUGCUCACUAUCUUGCAAUAUUCAUUAUUUUUAUUGUCAAACGUAAAUCUUAAAUUAAUAGUCAGUGAAAAGUCGUAUAUGUAAUGUCUCAUGGAACGAUUGUUUUUGAAAUAUACCACACCACAGCUUCUUUUAUAUUGUUUCAGUAUUACAUUUAAUAUGAGUUUGUCUUUUUUGUGAUAAAAUAUCCAUUAUACUACGUCUUAUGUUGUACAUUAAGAAACACAAAAAUUUGUAUGCAGUGAAUGCAGAAAGUAUUUUAUAUAUUAUAGUUUCGUUUAAGAAAAAUAAUAUGAUAAGUAGUUCUGAAGACAAUGUUGAAUUAGAUACCAAGUACUGAAAAUUGUAUAUACCAUAGCAUUUUUAUAAAAUUAUUCCACAUUUACAUAUAUUCUAGAAAGCUUAAAGUUAAAAUUUUGUUUUGUAAUUUUUUAGAUACCAACAACAGUAAUAAUAAUAAUAAUAAAAAUAAUAAUA